CAUCGUCCUGUUUCCACAGCGAUGAUCUUCACAGCAGAGCAGGUGGCGUGUGUGUGCGAGGUCCUUCUGCAGGGCGGCUGCAUGGAUCGUCUCGCUGGCUUCCUCCGCACUCUCCCACCUCCUUCUCUCUCCUCCUCCUCCUCUCCUUGCCCCAGGGAGCUGGAGAGUGUGCUGAAGGCUAAAGCAGCCGUGGCCUUUCACCAGGGCCACUUCUCAGACCUCUACACCCUGCUGGAGGGCUUCCCCUUCUCCCCACGCAGCCACCCGCUGCUGCAGCAGCUCUGGCUCCGAGCCCACUACAUGGAGGCUGAGAGGCAGCGGGGCCGGCCCCUGGGGGCCGUGGGGAAGUAUCGAGUCAGGAGAAAGUUUCCUCUUCCACACACCAUCUGGGAUGGAGAGGAGACCAGCUACUGUUUUAAGGAGAAAUCACGGAGUACGCUCCGGGAGUGGUACCGCCACAAACCGUAUCCUUCCACCCGGGAGAAGCGGGAGCUCGCCGCCGCCACCGGCCUGACCACCACGCAGGUCAGCAACUGGUUCAAGAACCGGCGGCAGAGGGACCGGACCGCCGACGGGAACGGUUUCCACACAUCUAGCUCUGGAGCCUCUGGAGAAGUUUACCCUUCAUCUGACAAUGACCUUUCACCUCCAGGAAGCCCUCACCUCCACUUCUACAGCCCUGCACCUCCUCCCCUCUCUCACCCUCCUCCUCCUCUACGUCACACAUGA